AUGUUAAUAAUAUUAACACGGAAAAUAAUAUUUGGAGUAUCGAAAGUCAAAUCAAAUCAAGUUGAUCUUAAAAUACAAUUUUUAUUAAACAAACAGUUAUUAAUUAAUCAAGAUGAAUGCAGUUUUGAAAUUGUCGAAAGUAUUCCCGAGGGACUUGUUUAUCCACCUGAUGCGAAAAAAUUUAAAUCCACAUUUGAAACAUGGGAUAAUCUUAUAAAAUUAGCUGAACAUACAAUCGAAAUUGGAAGUUUUUAUUGGUCAAUGAGAACGGAUGAAAAAUUUCCUUCACAAUCAUCCGAGGGUGAUAAAGUUUUUAAAGAUCUUUUAAAUGCUGGAUUAAAUAGAAAUAUAACUAUAAAAAUAGCAGAAAGUCUUCCAACGAAAGCAUUCUCAAGUGGAGAUACAAAUUAUUUGAUGCUUAAAAAAGCAGCAACUGUUAAAUAUUUAGAUUUUGAUAAACUUAUCGGUUCUGGUGUUUUACAUACAAAAUUUUGGAUUGUCGAUAGAAAACAUUUUUAUGUUGGAAGUGCAAAUCUCGAUUGGAGAGCUCUGACUCAGGUGAAAGAACUCGGUAUUGCUUUUUACAAUUGUUCUUCUGUUGCUGAUGACCUUGGAAAAAUAUUUGAUGUUUAUUGGACAGUUGGAAACGAAACAAGUUUGCCUAGUAAAUGGUCUGAUGAUUUAUCAACAUCAUACAAUUCGAAAAAUCCUUUCAUUUUACCAUUGAAUGAAAGAAAAACAUCAUUGUACAUUUCGAGUUCACCACCGCAAUUUUCUCCAACUGGAAGAAAUGAUGAUUUAGCUGGUUUACUACAAAUAAUAAAAGAUGCUAAAAAAUUUAUUCACAUAUCCGUUAUGGAAUAUUUACCACUCAUUGUAUUUUCAAAACAUUUAAAAUAUUGGCCAGACAUUGAUGAUGCUCUACGUACGGCUGUGGUAAAUAGAAACGUUAAAGUCAGACUCCUUAUAUCCCAAUGGAAUCACACAAAACCCAUGUCUUAUAAUUUUUUAAGAUCAUUAUUAUCUGUGAAUAAAUUUAAAAAAAAUGCCGUUCUCGAAGUAAAAAUGUUUAAUGUUCCAAGCGACUCCACCCAAAGUAAAAUUCCAUUUGCAAGAGUUAAUCAUAAUAAAUAUAUGGUGACAGAUAAUGGAGCUUUUAUAGGUACGUCUAAUUGGUCGGGAGAUUAUUUUCUCACGACAGCCGGCGUCAGCAUCGUGGCUCCCUAUAAUAACGAAACAGAAAAUGUCAUACAAGAACAACUUAAACAUGUUUUCGAAAGAGAUUGGAAUUCGACAUAUGCAGUGCCAUUAAAAUUUGAAUAA